AUCAAACCAAGCAUGCGCAUUGAGCUUAAUUUAUUUUGAUUUGACGUUUUGCAGGAGCGAUUGUGAAUUGUGAUAUUUUACAUUUUACAAUUUAUAGGAAACAUAGCAUGAACAUUUUUCAACAAUAAAUUAGACUAUAUAAUCGCAGAAAAAAUGUUACCCUUACGAAUCGAAUUGCUCAGCGUAUUACUUUUGUGUUUAAUUUAUAAUAUAAGGAUUAUAUGCGCAUCCUCGCAGAAGUAUGUAACCUGCGGGUCUGUGUUAAAGCUACUAAAUACGGACUACAGAGUAAGACUGCAUUCCCACGACGUGAAGUACGGCACGGGCAGUGGUCAGCAAUCGGUCACAGCUACUGAACUACAGGAAGACAUCAACAGUCACUGGCUGAUCAAGCCGUCGAAUGGAAAAACCAUCGAAAGAGGCCAGCCCAUUAAAUGCGGAUCCAGCAUUCGUAUGGAGCACGUUGAAACCAAGAAAAAUUUACAUUCCCACCAUUUCCAGAGUCCCCUCAGCGGCAACCAGGAGAUCAGCUGUUACGGUGACAACGGCGAAGGCGAUUCCGGUGAUAAUUGGACAGUCGUGUGCUCAGGAGAUAGCUGGCAUAGGGACGACAGCGUCAUGCUGAAACACGUCGACACGGAUAUGUACUUAGCAGUAUCAGGUAGAACUUUCGGAAGGCCUAUUAAUGGCCAGAUGGAGGUCAUUGGAGUCCGGUCGUCGACGGGAUCGGUGCAUUGGCAAGCAUCCGAAGGGGUGUUUUUGCACGCCCCCGAUUUGAGCGCUAGACAUUCGCAUACAGUACACACAGAAUUAUAAAUCAAUGCUAAUUGACCCAAAGGUUCAGUUAAUUAAACUUAAUUUAUUUUAGAAUUUUUCUAAUUAAAUACUGUAUAUACAAUGCAUCUAUUCUUUUCCAUAAAGUAUUUUAUCCUAGUAGUCACUAGGAAGCUAGAAAAGAUGAUUAUAGUAAAAAAAAUAAAUAAGGCUUCAUUAUAUUCAUCUUUA